AUUUGUAUCAGUGUGCGACUGUAUGGACGUAUAUGUGUAUACGUAUAUAAAGAUUUAUUUUAGGCUCGAAAAAAAGUUCCACGUGUCCUAUUGUGCAACUUCAGUUGCUCUACCGCUACGGCAGGUGUUAACCACCACCACCACAAGUGGGUGAGUUUAGGGUAGCUUCUUCACUCAUCAAUCAGUGUGUACAGAGAGAUGGACUGUUAUUGCGGUGCAAACAGGACACUACCUUCUUGCUCAGCCAUCUUCAAUUUCCAGGGUGUUUCAUACUUUCAUGUAGGAUAUUCUGUAAAACUUUCUAAACCUUGCCAUCGGCUUAAGACCAAAGCUCAACCUUCUUUAAGUAAAAAAAGCUCUCUGAAUCACGCUUUUGGAACACAUAAGGGCCCCUUUGCCCAAGCCAGACCCCAACCUUGGGAUCUUGGAAGAUUUCUCAGUACAUUGUAUUAUUUUAACAGGCCUCCCUCCCCUUCCAAGUUCUUUGAGUUUGUGAUUGAAAAACUAUCAGGCACGUCGCCUAGUAAACCAGUAAAGGCGAUGGAUGCUUCUGGAAUAGUUCUAGUUGCGGGGGCCACAGGAGGUGUUGGAAGAAGAGUGGUAGAUAUCUUGCGUAGCAAAGGUUUGCCUGUUCGUGCACUGGUCAGAAACGAAGAGAAGGCAAGAAAAAUGCUUGGUGAAGACGUUGAUCUGAUUGUAGCUGAUAUAACCGAGGCUGGCUCUCUGCUCCCGGGUCAUUUUAAUGGAGUGAGAAAGGUUAUCAAUGCUGCUUCAGUUAUUGUUGGCCCCAAGGAAGGGGAUACCCCUGACAGGGCUAAAUAUAGUCAGGGGAUCAAGUUCUUUGAGCCAGAGAUAAAGGGCGCUUCACCUGAGAUGGUCGAGUACAUUGGUAUGAAAAAUUUAAUAAAUGCAGUGAAGGAAAGCGUCGGGCUUCAUAUGGGAAAACUUGUAUUUGGAUUUGAAGACAAUUCAUCUCGACCACUUGAAUGGGGUGCCUUAGAUGAUGUUGUGAUGGGAGGAGUAAGUGAAAGCACAUUUGUGAUAGAUCCAACUGGCGGAGCAGAUGGUAAACCAACAGGGGUUUUCAAAGGAAAUGUUACCACUGCAAAUAAUGGGGGGUUUGCAAGUACAAGGACAAAGAACUUUUCUGUACCAGAAGAUCUUUCUGCGUAUGAUGGUCUAGAGUUGCGGCUGAGAGGUGAUGGCUGUCAUUACAAACUUGUAAUUCGAACUAGCCGUGAUUGGGACACUGUGGGUUAUACAGUUAGCUUUGACACAAUGGAGGGUCAAUGGCAAUCGAUUCGGUUGCCUUUCUCUUCUCUGAGGCCAAUUUUUCGAGCUCGGACAGUACUGGAUGCGCCACCUUUCGACCCAAGCCAAAUUAUAUCAUUGCAGUUGAUGCUCAGUAAAUUCGAGUACGAUGGCAAACUUAACCAAAAUUUCAAAGAAGGUCCUUUUCAACUUUCUUUAUCACACAUUCGUGCAUACAUUGAAGAUCCCAUCACUCCCAGGUUUGUACAUGUAGGGUCUGCGGGUGUCACUCGACCUGAGAGACCAGGACUAGAUUUGAGCAAACAACCUCCUGCUGUGCGUUUGAACAAGGAACUUGGGUACAUUUUGACAUUUAAGCUAAAGGGAGAGGAUUUGAUUAGGGAAAGUGGAAUACCAUAUACAAUAGUGAGGCCCUGUGCUUUGACGGAAGAACCUGCCGGUGCUGAACUCAUUUUUGAUCAAGGAGACAAUAUAACAGGAAAGAUAUCCAGGGAAGAAGUUGCCCGGAUAUGUGUGGCUGCUCUCGAAAGCCCAUAUGCAUGUGGCAAAACAUUCGAGGUCAAGAGUGUGAUUCCAUUCAGUGAGACAUACACAGUGGAUCCUGAAAACCCCCCAAAAGAGAAAGAUUACGAUGUUUACUUCCGAACUCUGAAAGAAGGGAUUACUGGGAAAGAAAGCCUAGAGCAGCAAACACCCGUUCCAUGAAGGAAAAAUGUUUCUAAGCCAUAUCUCUGUCAGAGAGAAUCUUUUCAGCUGAGCUCAAGAAUGCAGUCCUUUGAAUGGGAGGAGACCACAGACCACUCUUAGAAUAAUCAAAUCCAAAUUCUGACACAUCUGUGUAUUUUGAGAGAAGAUUCCCUGAGACUGACAUUGAAACCAUCUGAGUUCUCAAUGGAGAGGAUGAGACUUGUGAGAUACUCAUUUGAUGUCUAUAUUAUUAUUUGACAGUGCUCUAGCUAGUUCUUUCCAACAUAUAAGGCCUCAUACUCUAGUGGGAGAAAAUACAUUGGCUUUGUUUAGUUAUUAGUGUGCUUGCCAGCACACUAUUGUAUUUUAAAUAUGAAAGUAUGAAACAUUGCUUUUUUUUUUAACGUUUUUGGUUGUCAA